AUGUCUUCGAAGCGCAAUUACGCGGCCUCCGACGAGAACGACACUGCCGAACCGGCGCCUAAGCGCAACAAGCAGCCCAACCCCAAGACACGCGACCACCAGAACGCCCACAUCGACCCGACAUGGGGCCAGAAAUACGUCUUCUCGUCGGCCGCCGGCUCAACAACGGUUCCUGUAGACCCGGACCUCGAUUUUGAGGACGACGCAGAUGCCAUGGCGUAUCUCAAAUCAGUAAGGACGCAAGCGAACGGCAUCCCACACCUCCUCGUCGCACCAAAGGUCCCGAUCGGCCCGCAACUGCCCAAGGAGCUCCAGAAUGACGGCCACGAUGAUAUGGACGAAGGCUUGGAUGUCGAGGAGGACCGCAACAUCUACACCACCGGCCAGGGCGACUUCAGAGGUUACUACCAGGAUGGCGCAUACACGGCGCGGCCCGCCCACUGGGACGACGAUCCGCGCGCCCUUCGCCACCACGACGCGGCAGACGACGAAUGGAAAGGCAACGAGGGCGUAUACGACGACGAGGAGAACACGGCGGAUCCGGAAGCGGCGAUUCACGAGGCUUAUUUCGCCGCCAUCCUCUCCCGCUUCAACACCCUCCGCAGAACACUCCACGCCCCACCGCCGCCGGGCCUCGUUGCCGGGCUCCCACGCACCCACGACUAUCACGUCGGCGCCUUUGGCCCGAAGUCGGGCACGUUCGCCAUCUGGUCGCAGCGCCUCCGCGCCACGGACCCCCUGCCGGCGCAGGUCGCGAGCAUGGACAAGGACGGCGUGCUGCGCGUCGUGCGCGUGCUGCUGGGCGGCAAGUUCCUCCGCCGGGGCUGCGAGCUGCGGGAGCGCACGAGCCGGUGGUUGUGGGCGCUGCUGGCGCGGCUGCCGGAGCGCGGGGAGCUGAACCACGCCGAGAUCGGGUGGGUGCGGGACCUGGGCCGGAGGGCGGUGCUAAUGAUGCAGAGCCUGGCGGACAUGGCGGCCCUGCGGGACGCGCUGGAGGGGGAGGGGAUGGACCUGGGGGUGCACGACGCCGUCGACGAGAGCUCGGACGACGGGGACGUGUUGCGGGAGAUGCAGGUCGAGGAGAGAGAUGGGGAGGAGGUGAGUGGGAACGUGGCGGAGACGCCGAGUGCCGGAUCAGAGGUCCUUCCCGCGGCGGCGGCAAGGCCCGAGGAGCCCGGACCCAUACCGACAGAGCCCACCGAGGAUGGCGAGGUUGAGGAGGGAGAGAUUGACGACGACGGUGACGACCAAAAGUCCGAGCCGAUGGAUGUCUCAGAAGAUGGCGAGAUCGACGAGGAACCUGCGCCGGCCGAGUCACUUGAAGCGGCACGAGCUAGGCUUCUCGCGCAGCUGGACACGGCCGCCGAGGACGCGCCGUCCGAGGCGCCAUCGAAGGGGCAGCCCGCCGCGGAGGCCGAAGAUGAGGAGAUGGCCGACCAGCUGCGCGCCAGGAUGAACAUGCGAGCCACGCUCAACAUGAUCCUGACGGUUGCCGGCGAGUUUUACGGACAGCGCGACCUGCUCGAGUUCCGGGACCCCUUCACAGGUAUGUAA